UGGAAAUAGGCCUUGCCAUCAAUUAAAUCUACAGUGGACAGUGUGGAGCGAAUCCUUUUUCAGGGAAUAUUGAACAUUGACAGCUUGGCCAGUCCAAACUUCCAGAAAAAAAAGUUGCGACCUUAGACAUUUUAAUUUACACGCGCUCUCAUCUCCCCUGACAAUAAAGAAACUCUGUUUGAACUCUCUAUUCUAGUCAGCCAAGGCGACGAGAUUUGUAUAUCGCAUUCACGAAUACGAUUCCCUAAAAAGGACAGACAGGACAAACUACGCAUUCCAGAAUAUACCGAAUUAAUCCCUAGCUACGCCUACACUACGACCCGUGUCGCGAACUCGUCCAACUUGAACUUCAACCGAAUUCCCGUCUACGAAAAACGGAUCCUCCCCGAAUGGCACCUACCUCUUCUCCUUAAGCUCGGCGAACAAUGAGCUCCUUAGUCUUUCUGGUGUCCUCUCUUGAGGCCAUCGCGGCCUCUAAAGAAGCGCAGAGGAAUAAACAGCUCGCCGAACUUACCGAGAAGGCCAUCACGGCCAUCAAAGAAGGGGGAUCUGAACUGCCCGAUCCCCAAGUUGUCUUUGCGCCUCUGCAACUAGCAACUAAGACCGGAAGCAGUCAGUUGAUUAAUACUGCUCUCGACUGCAUACAAAAGCUUAUAUCCUCAUCCUACUUCUCUAUCAUUACAAGCACUAUCCAAGAAGAUGACGCAGAACAAGCUUCUAUGAUAGAUCGUGCCAUCGACACAAUAUGCGAUUGUUUCCAAGGAGAGACGACUGCUAUUGAUGUGCAGCGUCAUAUCGUUCAGGCGCUUUUGGCUGCGGUGUUAAAUGAUAAGAUCGUUGUCCAUGGAGCUGGGCUGUUGAAGGCAGUGCGCCAAGUUUAUAAUGUAUUCCUCCUCUCCAGAAGCGCCGAGAACCAGCAGGCCGCUCAGGGGACCUUGACGCAGAUGGUGGGCAUGGUGUUUGAGCGUGUUAAGACGAGGCUUCACAUGAAGGAAGCGCGGGUGAAUUUAGGAAAGCUCAAGCAUAGCUCUAGUAAUGUUACGUUCGACCAGACAGAAUCGGUUGUUAACGGAAAUAAUGGUGCUGCCGAAGACGAAGAGAGCACCGACGAUUCAUCUUCCUCUAAUCUUCCCGAGAUCGCGCGUUCCGAGUCGACGGCUGAAGUAGGGGGGAAGUUGACCUUGAAGGAUCUUGAGAACCGAAAGAGUUUCGACGAUUCGAAUCUGGGCGAUGGUCCGACCAUGGUCACUCAGCUCAAGCCACCUAAGAAGACGACAAGGAGGGUUUCCGAGCAGACACAAAGCGAUACCCCUGACGCAGAAGAAACUGCCGAGUCUCUCGAUGCCGAAGACGAAGUUUACAUUCGGGAUGCUUACCUCGUCUUCCGGUCAUUCUGUAAUCUCUCAACUAAAGUCCUUCCACCCGAUCAAUUAUACGACUACCGAGGUCAACAUAUGCGCUCUAAGCUCAUCUCAUUACAUCUUAUCCGUACUCUUUUGAACAACCACAUGCUCGUUUUUACUUCGCCUCUAUGUACUAUUACUAACACGAAAAGUAACGAGUCAACGAGUUUCCUCCAAGCUAUCAAGUUCUAUCUCUGCCUCAGCAUUACUAGAAACGGAGCUAGCUCUGUUGAUAAAGUGUUCGAAGUGUGUUGUGAGAUAUUUUGGUUGAUGUCUAAAUUUAUGCGAGCACUAUUCAAGAAAGAGAUCGAGGUCUUCCUCAACGAAAUUUACUUGGCACUUCUGGCUAGGCGGACGGCGCCGCCUUCCCAGAAACUUUACUUCAUCAAUAUUCUGACUAGGUUUUGUGGUGAUCCUCGAGGACUCGUGGAGACAUAUCUCAACUAUGACUGUGAUUCUCACGUCGAUAACAUUUUUCAGACUAUCAUAGAAGAUUUGUCAAGGCUCGCGAUCAACCCUGUGCCGGUCACCGCAGCCCAGGAGCAGCUAUACGAGGAAAAAAACUCAAACUCAACGCCACAUAAUAGCUCGGAUUGGCAACUAAAAGGCAUGUUGCCGCCGCCACUGAACGUGAGGGAUAUUACCCCCCCUAGUGAACCGGAACCCGAGAUACCCCGAGAGUACGUGAUCAAGAGGACGGCGUUGGAUUCGCUCAUCGAGGCAUUGCGAUCGCUUGUCAAUUGGUCUGUUGUUGGACGCCCGGAUGUCAAUGGCGCUUCGCAUGAUAAUGAUACACGCGCCUCUGUAGAUGACAUUCGCGAGUCUAUCGAUCCUUCAGCUGCCGAUAGUACUUCACGUCUCGAGACUCCUCUCCCAUCCACGCCCAUCGUUGAUGACGAUCCCGACCAAUUAGAAAAGGAGAAGGCUCGAAAGACAGCUUUAGCCAAUGCCAUCCGCCAGUUCAAUUUUAAGCCGAAAAAGGGAAUCAGACUUUUACUCCAGGAAGGGUUCAUUCCAAGUGAUAGUCCUGAGGAUAUAGCCAAGUUUUUAAUCUCGGAUGAUCGACUCGACAAGGCUCAGAUUGGCGAAUAUCUAGGCGAAGGCGAAGCAAGGAACAUCGAAAUCAUGCAUGCCUUCGUCGAUACUAUGGAAUUCACCAAGAGGCGUUUCGUCGAUGCCUUGCGACAAUUUCUCCAGUCUUUCCGUCUCCCCGGAGAAGCUCAAAAAAUCGAUCGAUUCAUGCUGAAAUUUGCCAACCGCUAUGUAAUGGGCAAUCCGAAUGCAUUUGCCAAUGCCGACACGGCUUAUGUUCUCGCAUACUCGGUGAUUUUACUGAACACGGACCUUCAUAGCAGUAAGAUCGCUAGGCGUAUGACCAAGGAAGACUUCAUCAAGAAUAAUAGGGGUAUCAACGACAACGCUGAUUUGCCGGAUGAGUACCUCAUCGGUAUCUACGAUGAAAUUGCCGGCAACGAGAUUGUUCUCAAGAGUGAGAGGGAGGCUGCGGCUGCUGCGGGCAAUAUGCCUGCACAAUCAUCGGGUUUUGCUGCCGGUCUUGGCCAGGCUCUAUCAAAUGUCGGAAGAGAUCUCCAACGAGAGGCUUACGCGCAACAAUCGGAAGAAAUAUCUCUUCGCUCAGAGCAGCUUUUCAAGAACUUGUUUAAGAAUCAAAGGAAAAACGCCGCGAAAGCCGGUAUCAAAUUCAUCCCGGCGACGUCGUUCAAACAUGUCGGUCCCAUGUUUGAUGUGACGUGGAUGUCGUUCUUCUCUGCAUUUUCAAGUCAGAUGCAAAAGGCUCAAAACCUUGAAGUAAACAAACUUUGUCUAGAAGGAAUGAAGCAAGCUAUAAAAAUCGCAUGCCUCUUCGACCUAUCCACGCCGCGAGAAGCAUUCAUGUCCGCCCUGAAAAACACCACCAAUCUAAACAACCCUCAACAGAUCCUCUCCAAGAACGUCGAGGCCCUACGAGUUAUCUUGGAGCUAGGUCAAACAGAAGGCAAUUACUUGAAAGAGUCUUGGAAGGAUAUCCUCAUGUGUAUAAGUCAAUUGGACCGAUUGCAAUUGAUUACUGGCGGCGUUGAUGAAGGGGCUAUUCCUGACGUUUCCAAAGCUCGCUUCAUCCCGCCGGAGAGGACAAAUACUAGCGAGUCACGCAAGUCAACCGCGUCAACGCGACGAAGGAAUCGGUCGAAUCCAGGUUCAAGAGGUUUCUCCAUGGAAAUUGCCCUUGAGAGUAGAUCCGACGAAGUCAUCAAGAGCGUGGAUAGGAUAUUUAGCAAUACAGCCAACCUCAAUGGCGAGGCUAUCGUGCAUUUUGCUAAGGCCUUGACGGAGGUGAGCUGGGACGAGAUUAAAGUGUCUGGUUCCAACGACUCCCCACGAACGUACAGCUUGCAGAAGAUCGUUGAGAUCAGUUAUUACAAUAUGACCCGUGUCCGUUUCGAGUGGAGUAGUAUCUGGGCUGUGCUCGGCGAGCAUUUCAACAAGGUGGGAUGCCACAACAAUACGGCAAUCGUGUAUUUCGCGCUCGAUUCGCUAAGACAGUUGUCGAUGCGCUUCAUGGAACUCGAGGAACUUCCCGGUUUCAAAUUUCAGAAGGAUUUCCUGAAGCCUUUUGAGCAUGUCAUCGCCAACUCAAGUAACUUGACCGUCAAAGAUAUGGCUUUGCGAUGCCUGAUCCAAAUGAUCCAAGCCCGCGGCGAGAAUAUUCGGUCUGGUUGGAGGACGAUGUUCGGCGUCUUCACUGUUGCCGCGCGGGAUCCCAACGAGACGAUCGUAAACUUGGCGUAUGAGAAUGUCACCCUUGUCUAUAAAACACGGUUUGGUGUUGUAAUUUCCCAAGGAGCUUUUACAGACUUGAUCGUCUGCCUUACCGAAUUCUCGAAGAAUAUCAAGUUUCAAAAGAAGAGUCUUCAAGCAAUGGAGACGCUGAAAUCCAUAAUACCGAAGAUGCUCAAAACUCCGGAGUGCCCAUUAUCUCAGAAGUCCAAUUCUACGCCUGCUCCGGAUGGCACUGCCUUGAAAUCGCCAGAUACUCUGUCCAGACAACAAACUGGCACUUCGAUCGAAGAGGGUUUCUGGUUUCCGAUUCUGUUUGCAUUCCACGACGUAUUAAUGACUGGAGAAGAUUUAGAGGUUCGGUCCAACGCAUUGAAUUAUUUCUUCGAGGCCUUACUUCGCUAUGGCGGUGAUUUCCCCUCAGAUUUUUGGGACAUAUUGUGGAGACAACAGCUUUAUCCCAUUUUCAUGGUUCUACGAUCUAGGCCAGAGAUGUCAAACGCCCUAAACCACGAGGAACUAUCUGUUUGGCUAUCAACCACCAUGAUACAAGCGCUUCGUAACAUGAUCAUACUUUUUACCCAUUACUUCGAUGCACUCGAGUACAUGUUAGAUCGUUUCCUCGAGCUGCUCGCGCUCUGUAUAUGUCAGGAGAAUGACACAAUCGCAAGGAUAGGUAGCAACUGUCUACAGCAGCUAAUCCUACAGAAUGUGACCAAGUUUACCGAUGGCCACUGGUCCCAAGUUGUUGGGGCAUUCUGUGAGUUGUUUGAAAGGACGACAGCUUACCAGCUUUUCUCGGCUGCUACUAUCAACGCUCCAGCCGCUCUAUCGCCGCCACCCAAUGGUUUAGGAUUCGAAGUGCCUCUUACCCCCACAAGCGACACGCACGCAGAUGAAAAAUCGUUGAAGAUUAAUGGCACUGACAAGGGCAGCAUUUCCUCCGGAACCGACGCUGCUUCGGGUGCCAAUGCUCAAACCUCCAUCAUGGAAGAUCCCCUACGCCCGGCAAACGGUGUCGCCUCCGCCCGCCUCGAGGAUUACAAACCUGCUUCAUCUCUUCAGCAGCAACCCGUAGUAGUAACGGCAGCUCGGAGGCGUUUCUUCAAUCGCAUCAUCUCGCGUUGCGUCCUACAACUUCUAAUGAUAGAAACCGUCAACGAGCUCUUCUCCAACGACACGGUCUACACACAAAUCCCGUCUAGAGAGCUACUACGUCUAAUGGCGCUGCUCAAGAAGUCAUUCCUUUUUGCUAGACGUUUCAACGAGGAUAAGGACCUCCGUAUGCGCCUCUGGCGAGAGGGUUUCAUGAAACAGCCACCCAACCUUCUCAAGCAGGAGAGCGGUUCGGCGGCGACCUACAUCCAGAUCUUGUUCCGUAUGUUUGCGGAUACGUCUCCCUCGCGCGCAGAGAGCCGGCCCGAAGUGGAGAAAGCUCUCGUCCCCCUCUGCAAGGAUGUGAUCAAAGGCUACCUCGCGCUCGAAGAGGAGUCGCAACAGCGGAACAUCGUGGCAUGGCGACCGGUCGUCGUCGACGUGUUGGAAGGGUACUCCACGUGGCCGGAAAAGGAAUUUGGGGAACACAUCCGCGCGUUCUACCCGCUAGUCGUCGAGCUGCUCGGUAAAGAGCUUAGCGCCGACCUGAGGGGGGCCUUGCUCGCCGUCCUAAGGAAGGUUGGUGAAGUUGGACUUGGGAUCGAGGGCAUGACUGGUGGGCGACGCGAGAGUAUCACCAGUGUAAACAUCAGCGCGGAGACACCGACGGUAGAGCUGGAGGUAGGCGAGGUUGGUAUGGGCGGUCUGAGAGCAUGAGAUGGCGAACUCAUUUUCCAUGGCCUCAAGCCGACUCGGAACAGGACCAGGGCACGAGCAAAGCUACAACAGGUAGUGAUUUAUUUUCAAAGGGGCAUUGGAACAAAAAUGGACGCGAUCAAUAGAGACUAAGGUCAAAUUUGGUGUUUAGGGGUUCAUUGCCAUAAGCUGUUGUACGAUACACUUCAUUAUUGUUGUAUCGUGUAUGUUCUUAUGCACACGGUUUAGCUGUAGGCGUAUUUGUACAAUUGAAUCAUUUCACUUGCAAAAAAAUAGAACCAAAAAAA